UCUCCUUCACCAAUUCUCCCUUUCCGAAUUUUCCCGCUUUUGCUGUUUAUAUUUCUACACUAGGGUAACAGGGUUGGAUGGCGUUGUGUAAACGCGCUUUUCAUUUUGGUUCCAAUUAUCGCCUCUGCUUCGCCAAGUGCCGCGACGUCGCUUCUUUAUUUCCUUCUACCACGACGCAUACUAGUAGGCGUGUUUCGCAGGCCUUGAGUUCCAACGGAAAGCCCGCUUUUCUCGUCGAUACACUUGCACUGGUAAGGGGUUUAGAGGCAAAUGGAUACCCAUACAAACAGGCUGAGGCGAUAACUUCUGCGAUCACUGAAGUUCUUAAUGAUAGCUUGGAAAAUGUAGCUUCUUCUUUUGUUUCAAAAUCAGAAUUGCAAAAGUCAGAACUGCUCCAAGAAUCAAAUCCGUCCAAUUUCAAAUCUGAAGUGCAAAGUUCUCAGGAGCAUCAUUUUUCUUUGUUACAACGUGAGACUGCAAAACUUCGUAGUGACAUAGAGAAGAUGAGAAGUGAAUUAAGAUAUGAGAUUGACAAAGUCACUGCUGGGCAACGUUUGGACUUGAAUCUUGAAAGAGGACGCAUACGAGAUGAGCUUGCUAUUCAAAAUGCUGAAACCACCAAUUUGACAAACAAACUUGAUCGGGAAAUACAUGCAUUAAGAGGUCAGUUAGUAGGUGCAAAGAAAGAUGUGAUGAAAUCCUGUCUAGGUACCGUUGUCUUGAUAUCUGCAUUGGGUCUCGCCGUCGCCUCUUCUUUCCAUAAAUCGAAUUAAAGGUGCUUUAUAUUUAACUAUUGAGGUAUCGGUUUGCUUUUUUCAUGGCAAUUCCGUUAUGGUGGGGGAGCACCAUUGUUUUUCAUUGCUACAAGACCUGAAGUUCCGAUUGUAAUAUUUUUUUGUGUAAAUUUCAAAGAAUCACCCUCAACUUCACUUCUUAUGUAAUAUAUCCC